AUGAACGGCACCACCAAAGCUCCCAAUGCUUCCCCGGCCCCCAACCAGUCGCAGUUGACGCCCGAGGCGAUGCCGGGUCUGGCGCCGCCGCAGCAAGUCCCUGCCCAUGAUGGUGCAGGGCGGGAAUUUCUCCAGGGGAUGAACAUUACCCUGCAGGGUCAUCGCGAGUGCCUGGGCUCGUACUCCCUUGAUUCUCGAUGGGGUGCUCUGCAACAGCUCGUUGCGAACGCACAGCCCCAGUUCCCAGGCCAGGGUGCUAGCCAUCAACAGCCCGAGACUCAGCUGAAGGCACAAAUGAAGAUUGCCGGAGCGCAGCUUGAAGAGAAUAAGAAGAAGCGCAAACGUGAUGGGCAGCGCCGGAAAGAGAGAAAGCUGGAACAUCGGCAGAAAAUGCAGCAGCAACAGCAGCAGCAGCAGCAGCAAGAAGAGCAACAGCAGCAACAGCAAGAGCAACAGCAGCAAGAAGAGCAACAGCUGCAACUACUGCAACAAGAACUGCUGCAAUUCCAGCAGCUGCAACAACAACAACUUCAGGCCCAGCAGCUCCAGGCCCAGCAGCAGUCUCAACCACAGUCUCAGCUGCAGACCCAGCCCCAGGGUGCAGACUGGAGCGACGUGGAUUGGCUCGUAAAUUCCAGUCUUGGGACCGCCGCCAUAGCACAAGAGCAGAUCGACCUAUUGUUCGACGAAAUGGAUGGGCUCGACAACACGCAGCAAGAGCAAGUCCAGGCCUUCGACCAGAUGAUGAUGUCGAGCAUUCCUUUUCCCAACGUUGACGCUCCAGAGCCAUGGGUUCCUCCACCGUCUACAACCUUUGACGAUGUGUUUCGACAACAAGAUGAGGAAGCGGGCGUUGAACUCGGCCCUUAUUCUUCCAUGUUGUUUGGUCCGGGGCAUUCGAUGAGCGGUUCUGGCUAA